CAAAAGCAUCUUGGGAUAUAUAAAUGGCGGUCCUCGACCAUCGUAAAGCAAGAAAGAAUGGGUUUCUUUCGCUAAAUUUCGUUUUAUUUGCCAAAAAAUGUCAUCCCUAGGCUAACAACGCGCUCAUACUGCAAGAUAAGAGAACCAUACAGCAAAAAAUAUCGCUGGUUUUCGAUUGAAGACUAACGGAAAUUUAUAGCAGGCAAGGAUUUUUGUCCCUUACAUCAGCCGCCAUGAGUAUGCGAGCAGACAAGAAGACGAAGAUGCGGAUCCGGGCGUUUCCGAUGACAAUGGAUGAAAAGUAUGUGGAGGAUAUCUGGAAUCUACUGAAAAAUGCCAUCCAAGAAAUCCAAAAGAAGAAUAACAGUGGUCUUAGCUUUGAAGAAUUAUAUAG